AUAGGCGAUGGUAAAGAUACAGAUGUCAACAUGUUGACAUUGGGGGAAGGGUUAUUGUAAAAUGCUAAAAUAUGUCAGAAUUUUGUAAAAAGAAAAAGUCCUUAGCUGGGUGUAGUCUCUCUUUCUGUGCAACAUAAAAUUAAAGUUUUAGAGUACUAAGAAAACCAAAGGUUGCAAUGUAUAUUUUUCAAGUUUGAAGCUUCAAGUGCUUAGUCAGGAAUCGGGUUAUACUACAGUGUAAGCAGAAUAGUGUCACAGAGUUGAGCACUAUUCCCAGUUGAACCUGAUGGAGCUGCUGCCACUCUGUCCUUUGACUAAAGCCCUAGUUAUAACUGUUAGUGCAGGAUUCAGAAAGCCCUGUUCCUUAGAUUCUCUAUCAAAGUGACAUCCACCUAUGGCCAGUCCUUGCCUUUUCUUUCUGUGUUGGUUGUUAUAGUGAGUAUUUAUGACCUUUUCCUUUUAUACAGCACACAUUUUAAAAAAAUCUUUGACUUUACUACCAGUUGUGGAUUUCUCUUCUAGCAGUGCUAACACUGUUAUCCAAAAAUAAACAUAAUUAUGGUUUUGUGUUGUGAUCGAUGCAGGCUGCAGCAGUGAUAAGUAUACAUGUGGUAAUGGUGUUUGCAUCAACCCAGAAAAGAAAUGUGAUGCAGCCAACGACUGUGGUGAUGAGAAUGCAUCAGAUGAAGAAGAUCCUAGCUGUGCCAAUUACUUGCGCUUCAAUUUUGAGAGUUCCAAUUUUGGUGAAUUUACCCAAGGUCACACAGGCAUAGAAGAUAAGACUGACUGGCAGAUUGGGCAAGCAAGCAGUAUGUCAUUCUCAGGACUUCCACAUACAGACCACACCACUGGUAAAUCCUCUGGACAUUUCUUGUUUGCAAGGUCUCACAACCCUGGAGACACAGCCUGGCUCAUUUCUCGACCAUUUGGAGCAACAGCAGGACAAUGUACCUGCCAGAUGAAGCUUUUCUUCUACAUCUUUGGCAGUAACAUACAUCAUCUCAGCAUCCUGUACCGCACACACAAUGCUGGGCCUCCUGAUGGACAGAUCUGGACAAGUGCUGGUCAGCAGGGCCCUAACUGGCUAGAAGCCUCACCCCUCAUCAGCAUCGCCACACCUUUCCAGAUUAUUAUUGAAGCAUAUGUGGCCACAGCAGAUCAAGCCAUUGCUAUUGAUGAUGUGUCAUUUUCACCUGGAUGUCAACAUAAUGCUACCAGUCUGCCACCAUUGUCAUCUACCUCAACAUUUAAGCCCAUGACUUCAACAACAUCUGCAAGAAAAACAUCAAAUCCUUUGCCAGUGACAUGCAAGAAUGCUGAGUUGAUGUGUGAUAACCAACAGCAGUGUUAUACCAAGGAUAAGCUGUGUGACAACAAGACUGACUGUGUUGAUGGAAGUGAUGAAGCAAAGUCCAAGUGCACCUGUCAUUCCCACUUAUGUUUCAAUGGUGGCCAGUGUUCAGUUAAAGCUGGUGCAGGACCGAUAUGCAAUUGUGUCAAAAACUACUCAGGUUUAGACUGCAAAACCCCACCUGCUGCAUCAGGCAUUGGUAUCAACACAACUCCUUCAGGCCAGCAAGACAACAGCAGCAAUAGUACAAAGAAAUGGGCAAUCCCUGUAGGUGUCAUUCUAGGACUUCUUGCCAUCGGCGCUACGGUUGGCAGCGUUUUAGUUUUUCGCAGGCGUAAUGGAGGACUAAGAUCAAUAAGGUUUCCAUUUGCACUUUGGCGGCAGUCUGAAACAAAUGAUGGCCUUUCUAAUCCAAUCUAUGAUCACAACUCAGGAGACUCUGAUAUCCACUUUGGCCAAUUAUAGCCACUAGCUAUCCAGUACUUUGAUGACCUUUUGAUAACCCAGCUAACUCCACAUGUGAAGACCAUUUGACUUUCUUCUCUACACAGAAGCUUCAGAAAUAGUGUGUUAUUUAUUGUGUCGAAAAUUUAAACAGUAAAUAAAAAUGUAAACAAAAAAA